AGCUGCCCGCGCGCUCUUUGAUUGGCGUACUGGCGAGCUCCCGCUGUUGGUUCAAUUUAUCAGAUCAUCAGAUAAGGAGUGCUUCUUGUCCCCAUGGCCCACCCUUGUAUGGAUCCCAGUCAUUUAGCCCAACCAGCCAAAAUCGUCCCCAGUCCCCAGUCCCUCCAUUUAUACGCGUGUAACGCAGGCUAGGGCCGCGAGGGAAUGCGGCCCUUCAAACCCUGCGAAUUAAAGCCCUGCUUGGCAGACCCUAUGGCAAGAACCCUGCUUCACGAUGCCAUUGCCCACUCGUUCUGGUCAAACUAUGUUGGACGGAAAUUCCCGACAGCCCAGUGCCAUGUUAUAUGGGUUUGGGGUGGCAUUUCUCUCGGGGGAAUUUUCUGCUAGUAUUUAGCAGUAGAUCAUUCCCCCCUUGUCGGCUGAAUUCUUGCGCAGAGUUCUAUUCCAUUCAUUUUGCCCCGCCUGACAGUUUUUUUUUUUCUUUUUGUCAGGUUCCAGGGAGAAGUCUAUCAUGAAGUUCAGACUACCCAUUAAGCCGGAUGAGAUACCGCUCGACGAGAAAAGACACCCUGAUGACGAUGAAGCCAACGUUGCGCCACAGUCUGCAGCCAAGGAAGCGGCCACCUCCCGUGCCGAUCAAGUGGACGAGGACAAGAGUGAUGUGGUCAAUCCGGAGUUUCAGCAUGGGGUACAGAGCGCACAGGCCAUGACUCAGGUCUGGUCCAAACGACAUUUGAUUCUGGCCUACGUGAUGAUCUGGAUUAUCUACUUUAUUAAGAAUUUCGCGUUCGGUAUCAUUGGCACAUUGACUCCAUAUGUUACCAGCUCUUUCAAGCAACACUCAUUAACUGGCACCACCACCAUUCUUUCCACUCUUAUUGGCGGCCUGUUCAAACUUCCUUAUGCUAAACUGAUUGAUAUCUGGGGUCGUCCCCAGGGCUUUGCCUUAAUGAUCGCCUGCAUGACUGUUGGACUCAUCAUGAUGGCUGGGUGCAAUAAUGUUCAGACGUAUUGUGCGGCUCAAGUGAUCUACUCGGUGGGCUCUGCGGGUGUGGACUUCACCUUGACCAUCUUCAUCGCCGAUACGUCGGCACUGAAGAACCGGGCAUUCUGGCUCGGCUUUGUUGGUUCUCCGUACAUUGCCACGGUUUGGGCAUACGGACCGGCGGCAGAAGACAUCUUGAAUUCCAUGGGAUGGCGAUGGGGCUUCGGCAUCUGGGCCAUUGUGACACCGGUGAUGUUAACGCCUCUGUUCUUCCUAUUUUACUAUAACCAGCGCAAAGCGCAGAAGGCCGGUUUGAUUCCCGAACGUCAUAGCCAGCGCACUGCAAUGCAAUCAAUCGCCUACUACGGCAAGGAAUUCGAUGUUAUCGGUCUGCUCCUCCUUACUACUGGACUUGCCCUAUUCCUGUUAGCUUUUAAUCUGUACACAAAACAGCCAGACGAGUGGAAAUCUCCGCUGAUCAUAUGUUUCAUUGUCAUCGGCGGCCUCCUGCUCAUCGCCUUCCCCGUCUACGAGAGAUACAUCGCCCCUGUCACAUUUAUCCCCUGGUCGCUGUUGCUCAACCGAACCGUCUUCUUCACCUACACCAUGGCCGCCAGCAUCUACCUGGCCUGGUAUCUCUGGGACACAUACUUCUACUCGAUGCUGAUUGUGGUCUUCAACCAAAGCGUCAGCCAAGCGACCUACAUCACCAAUAUCUACAGCGUCGGCUCCUGCUUCUGGGCCGUACUCAUGGGCAUCCUGAUCCGUUACAACGGCCGUCUCAAAUGGCAAGCGCUCUACUUCGGGGUCCCCAUCACCAUUCUCGGCGUCGGACUGAUGAUCAAAUUCCGUGAACCGGGCGUCAACAUCGGGUACAUCGUCAUGUGCCAGAUCUUCAUCGCGUUCGGCGGCGGCACUCUGGUGAUCUGCGAACAGAUGACGGUCAUGGCCGUAUCAUCGCAGCAACACAUUCCCGCCGUGUUGGCGAUGGAAAGCAUGUUCAUUAAUAUCGGCAGUGCGGUGGGCACUACCAUCGCCACGGCGCUGUGGACGGGUAUCUUUCCCCAGAAACUUACCAAGUAUCUCCCCGCGGAUGCGCAGUCAAACCUGAUGAGUAUUUAUGGCGAUAUCGCGGUUCAAGCGUCGUAUCCGGUUGGUAGUGCGGCGCGUGAUGCCAUUAACCGGUCGUAUUCGGAGACACAGCGGUUGAUGUUGAUUGCGGCGACGUGUUUGUACACAGUGACGCUGGCAUCGGUGAUGAUGUGGAAGGAUGUCAAUGUGAAGAAGAUCCAGCAGGUCAAGGGGCGGAUUCUUUAGGUUGGAUAAGUAGCAAUGGUAGUAGGACCAAGAAGAGGGUGUCCGUGGUAGACUUGGAAUGACUGAUACCCCGCGCAGAGAAUUAAUGUUUCAAAUAGAGGAUAUCGAGAUUGAGGUUUGGACCGACGUUGAUCGAUCAAACCACCUGAAGGAGGUCCUGAUUUCAAUUCAGCUCCAUUCCGCAUUGCAUGCGUAGAAACCAAGUUUACCACGACCGAUGACCUGGAUCAAACCACAUUCCGCUAUAAAUAACCUGAGCUGCAUGGACCCCUCACUGUGUGGUUUUAUAUCUGCCAAGGCACGGGAACAUGAUCCAGAUCGACCGACAUGCUGACCGUGCAAAAGACGGGAUUGCAACCGUGGCAAACAAAUCAAACGGUUGCAUUCUUUGUCCGACGGUGCGAUUCGAGUCGGCGAUUGGCUGCUUUGGAAGCCGCAGGUCGAUGACGACAGAAUCGAGGUCAGCAUGACGAACGUCUCUCGUAAGGGAUUUUCUUUUCUUUCUUUCUUAUAUUUCGUCUUCUAUAUAACCCUUUGGUCCGUCGUUCAUUUCGA